AUUCACAAAAAUUGCUGUUUAUAGUUAAGAGAUCAUUCCAUUUUCUAUGGUUCUCCUAGACAGCAGGCAAUAAUUGUAUGCCAGUUAACAGUGGCAGACAUCCUGCAUCUCGAUUAAUGUAUGUAUUGCUAAUUUCAGUCAAGUUAAUUAACAUUGUAUAAAUAACAUAUCUAUAGCUAGGUGUAUCACAAGCUGUGCAGUAGAGGAUGGUUUAAUUAUGUAUAAAAUGUGUAGCUAUCAUAAUUGGUCUGUCCCUCUGGGUGCAGCAAUGUCAGACUUGACACACUUAUGGGAAAGCUUUAAUUAGAAAUGAAAUUACCUAUUUAAUACUAAAACUAAUUAGUAUCUCCUGUUUGGGUUGCACUGUUUUGUAUCUAGCUGUCUUGAAGCAGGAAAUGGUUAAGGAGUACUGGCUGGCUUUAGGGUAUUGAUGCAAGACUGACCCUUCUCCACUGACUUUCAGAAUUUAUCCCCUAACUUCAGUAUGUUUGGGAUCACUGAAGCAGAUUUUUAGGCUAGUUCCUUUGAUUUCUCAAAGCUGACCAGAGCUUAUCCUGUCUUCUGUGUUUUUCAUGGGCAACGAGUGAGGCUGGAAUUCUUAGUGAAAGUGCUGCUUCCUACCUGCUAUGAGCUGUACUUGAAGGAGAGCUUUUAAUUAAAUUUUGUGAGAUGACAGAUUUCAAGGGUGCUUGAUUGCCCACCUUCAGCUACCUUGAAAUUCAUUUUGAGAAAUGUAAUAGGUUUUCACUCAGAUUUAAAUAAAUCAUUUUCUGUCCAAGUGUUCUAAAUGUUGUUGUGGUGUUCUCUGUGUAAAUCCUGUGGUGGCCCUGGUAAUGCUUUUUAGAACUCUUUGUGAAAUAGUGGCUCCAAAUUUUAUAGUAUGUACUUCAAACUCUCUUCACCGUGCAGGAGAAUUAUAAAAUUAGCACAAGAGUAGCAUAGAAAUUUAGCAUAAAAUUGGCAAGUAAGAGCUUUAUCCUCCUCUGCUUCGGGGUGUUUUUUUUCCUCCCCUUUUAGGUAGGGAAAUGGUGUCACCUAGUGGGUGUCAGGCUUUGCUGCAAGUAAUAAAGUAGUAACUUCAGUUGUUAUGUUCAGCAGUAACUGUCAGUGGAUGCUUGAGCUCAUGUGAUAGACUUUAGUUUCUAUUUAGAGAAUUUUGACAGUUUUAAAUAAUGCUGCUUAAAGUUGCACUUUUUUAAUAUGCUAAAUAUGAAAUCAAUUUAACUUGUUUUACAGUUGAAGCAAGCUGACUAUCUGCAGUAUAGAAUACAAGACUUUGGCCUAAAAAGAAUUUGUAGGACCAGACUGCCUUUUAACAGAAAGAUAUAAGAAACUUAUCAGGAGCAGAACCUACCUAUGUCUCUGCAUGCUUCUCCUCCUGGAUGCAGCUCACAUCUGAAGAACCCCCCUUCCACAUGCAUCAGCUGAAGAAUAACUUCCAGUUAUUCAUAUCCAGUCUGAGCUGCUGGCGUGCCUGCUUUCCAUAUUCUUCCCCAGUAUCUGCAUGUUACAACGAUCAGCUGGAAGUUCAGACCCUGCAUCUAUUCAGAGAAGCCACUUGGAGUGAGUUCCCCCCCGGUGGGGCGGCUCCGGCCCCGAGCAUCCCCGCGUGGACGGACAGAUGGACGGCGCGGUCCCUGCGAGGUAAAACCCGUGACUGCGGACGCGGCUGCGCGGUGCACGUUGCUUAGCUGCAGCGCGCGGAGGAGGCUUUGGCUGCCCCGCCGUCAUCCUGCUGCGCUCGUAUGGCCGGAGGGGAAACCGCCCGGAUUUGGAGCGGUCCGAGCCGCGCCGGCAGCGCGGACGGGAUGGAGCUGGCCCGGGCGCGUGCUCAGCCUGGAGGCGACCUGGCUUUGUUCCUCCUUCCCUGCCCGCUCCCCGCUAAACCCGACCCUUGUUGCCGCUUAUGGCUUAUUCCGGCCCCUGAACUGCAGCAAGGUUCGAUGCAGGUCUUGACUUUUAUUUGCUCAGGGAGUGAACUUGUCCCGAUAGGAUUAAUUCCCGCGCCUGCCUCGUGUGGGAGACCGGGCAGGGCGCUUGCGACGGCUCGCUCUGGCUGCGGAGUCCCCGGCUCCGCGAGUUCACGAUGUGCCGGCGUAGCUGGUGCCGUCUGGGGGCUUCAUCCCGCGGACGAGUUAUCCAAGGGGCCGUGGCAAUGAUCCACAAAAGCGCAGGAAACCAAACUUCCUUUUAAACCCUAAAGCAGCGCUUUUAUGAUCAUUAUUAUUUUAAACUCCCUUAGCUUUUUCUGCACUCACUUCCAUCCAGCAUAAUGAGGGCCAUAUUAGCAGAAGGUGAUUUAAUCGCAAGAACUUUAGCGAAGCAGGGAGUCUAGUUUCCUUUAAUCCAGCGCGUUAGCAAUUCCCCACAUGCUUAUGUUCAUUUUAAGAAUCAAUAAAGCACAAACAUGUCUAAUUACCCUAAAAUAUUUUGCAAAAUCAGAAGUCAGAUUAGAUUUUGCUUAAGCAUCAAAUAGAAAUUUUAAUGUCCGCCAGAAUCGAUAUGUUACCCACGGGUCCUAAGAUUUUCAUUUACAUGCUUGAUCAUACAUUAUAAUGAAGGUUUGUAAUAGCAUUAAAAUCUUUUUGAAUGUAUUUUCUGUAUAAUUUACUUUUUCCCCCCCUCUCUGUACCACAGAGAUUCAAAUAUAAUUAGUUGGAAAAAUAAUGCACAGCUGCUUUGCUUGUCCUGUAUUCUGAACUUACUUGCUGAUGAACAUCAGCCUGAAAUAUUCUGACUAUUUAAUUAAGCACUUACUAAAAAUACUUUAGCUGCAUUCUAAUUCUUCCAGAAAGGGGGAAAACUACGUGGCGGCCUUUACUGCUCCGCGUAGUGAGCAAAGGCGGUCAGGAAUUAUUUUCCUUUUUCCCUGGAAAUAACGGCAGCUGGCAGCAGCGUCCCGCCAGCACAGUAGUUCUCCGCACUCCCCCUUCCUCCCGAGGGCCCCGGGCAGCGCGGGAGCACGCCUGCAGCCGGUGGGAUGCCUGCAGCGGCGGGGGGGGGACCACCCGGAUGACCCCAGGGGAGCUAUUUCUUGUGCGAAUGCAGAAGAGAGAUUGUCUUUAUUUUUUAGGGAGCCAGUCGCUUUGUCUUCGAGGCGUUAGCGUGGUGCUGAGCAGCCCAGCAGCGCCCUUGAGGCUGGUGCCGCCUUUGCAGAGACUUCGCCAGGUGCCGGGUGCGUUCGCGGGCUCAGCUCGGUGGCCUCUGCGCACCCCACGUAUUGCUAAUAUUAUAAAAUAUGUCUUUUCACAGCUUCACGCACCCAUGAUGUAAUGGGCAGCUGUGACUGGCAACAUAGCAGAAAAAUUACAGAGCAGUGUGUUGCAUUUUCUUCCACGGUUUUCCUUGGCUGAAGUACGUCUACGGUAGAUGGAGGCGUUAACUGAGGCUGUUCUCCGGAUUAACCCAGCUUGGUUGCUUGGACGUUUCACCUUUUCCCGGGGAGGGUCUCCACAACUCUUCUCUUGCCUUCACCCCAGUGCACAACUAAUAAGAAAGACUGGAAAGAUUCGUUGUUGUCCGGAGUUGCUGGCUUUUCUUCUUGACACUCCCGUCUCUGCCCUUCUGCUUGCGCUCCAGUGCUCGUUAACUUCAGCAGAACCUGGCGACGGACCAAGCCCUGGAGAGGCCGCGCGGCUCUGCCACCGGACCGGCCUAGCAAGGGAGGGCGACGUGCUUUGCUGUGACUGGUGUGACCCAGCUUCGGUCAGGACCUGCCUCACCUGCGGCCGGUUCCUCGGCCGUGGGGGAAGUCUGACUUCGUCUGCGACUGCCAGGUCCUCCCUGGCCACGGUCACGCGGCAGCGCUGGGCGCUGCUGACUCCUGUUCCAGCUGCGAAUGGGAAAACUGAGCCAUGGAAAACGCUUUGUGGCAGCAAAGGAUGCCUUUUCCUUGGUCUGAGCACCGCUAUCCACGUCCAUGACACCAGAGAAGGAGAGCUGAAUUGCUGAGACACGAGUACGCCGGCGCUGCACGGGGCCCGCUUCCCCGCGAGGAUUUGCAUGCUUUCAGUUGCUUUGCCUCCUCUGUAACUGCGUAUUCUGUCCACGGGCCAUUCCAGUGGUUCCAGAUGUGGCAGGGCAUCGCGGGGCUUUCGCAAGAGAGGAACGUUGGUGUUUCGUCCAAGCUGCGGGGUGAUGUUCACAGAAACUCGGCCCCAACUCGUCCUGCUCUGGUGUUGCCAAGUGAUGCUUUAAAGAAAAGGGACCCACGUUUUUGCUGGCUUUGCACCAUCGGAGCAGCACGUUGCACUGGUGUAAAAGACGGCGCAAACAUGCGAGAAAGGAAGGUUCGAGCUCCCGUUUGGACAGUAACACGCUGGCUGUCUCAGCAAUACCUGAGGCCUUUCAUUCAUCCUAGAAAGAAAUUAGUAGAAGUAACAUUCACGCUAACACAAACCAUUAGCAAUAUUUAUUUAAGGCAUAGAUCUACUGUGUACUUGCAAUUUAUGAACGGCUGUUUAUGCCUAGUAUUACCUCAAAUGCUCCACCUGCUAUAUUUAGGUAACACAACAAGGGUAAGAUGACAUACAACAGGAGCGUCUACUUAACAUCCGCUGCAUGUUUCAGAACUGUGCACAUAAUCCCAUAGCAUUUGCUUGCCAAAGUUGUGUCCAGCUGGGUUUUUCAGGAUUUUCAAGCCUGGCGAUACAAAGCUGGGCACCGAAAUCCGUACGUACCCACAUCUUUAUGAGUGGUCUGAAGUGCUGUGAGCUCCAAAGCUCCGAUAGACUUGCAGAAGAGUUAAGAUUGCUCAUCGCUUGGAGUGCUUUGAAAUGUUAUCCAGCAUGAGGCAUCUGUGCAGCUGCUUUCUCCUCCCGAAGGAUGAAUCCCAAAGGAUGAAGUGGGAAGGACAGUCUCUAUUUAACUGCGCUGGCAAUAGCAACGUUGCACCUUGCACAAGGGCAAAGUAUUCCUCAGCCGGUAACUGGUGGCAUGCCCCGGGGCAGGGAGCCGCUGGCGCUGCUUUGGAGGCUCUGCAUUUUUGCAUUUAAAAGGUCUGAUUGCUGAUUUUAUCCUAGGGUCUAUAUAGGUUUUAAAAGGCUAAUGUUAAAAUAGGCAAAGCAUGCAAAAAAAGGGGUAGGGACUGCAGAAAAGCCAGUUAUGUCUUUCAUAACAAAAAUAAACCAACUGCAAAAAUAAAUGCUAGAGACCAAUUACAUAUUCUUGCUGCUUUGAAAUUUUGAGAUUUUUCAAUGAGACAGAAAGAGUUGGGGCCCAGCCGUCCCUAUCUUCCUUUCCUAUCCUCUGACCUCCAAAUAAUCUGCUUCUUGACCAAAAGAGCAGGCUGUGGGCUCGGUCCUGCAAAGACUCUGCGGAGGCAGAUUUCUGGGCCUGUGCACAGCCAGCUGCAGAACCCAGGCCUGUGUUUCACGGACCAAACCCUUCUAGGCUUUGUGUUGUAGACUAGCAGUCAGCUUCCUUCAGCCACACCAGGGAUGUCCUGAGCAGGACCCUCAAGCUUCACAGAUCUUAAUCUGGAACCUGAGCAGUGCCUUAAAACAGAUCCUGUAAAAUAAGAGAGGAUUUGGAGGUUGCAGGAUGUUUUUUCUUUUUUCUUUUUUUUUUUUUUGGUAAAGUAUUACUUGGGGCCAGGUUUUUAAGCAUCAGAAGAUGCAGACAGGCACCUAAUGGAGUUUUCAGAAGUGGCUGACUCACAUUGAUUUCAUGCCUAUCUACACCUUUCAGAGCUUAAACACAUUUAAGAAUCUGGCCUCAGGAUCUCCGUUGCAGCAUAUUUUGGCAGGGCUUUCCUUCGAGACGUCGGGCCAAAUCCUCAGCUAACAUAAAUCACUGACACAAGUGGAACUAUGCUGAUUUGCACCAGUCACAGACUUUAAAUUAAAAUUUAAUUGAAAACUUAAGCUGUCAUUAAUUUUCAAUGAAUGGCUUUUGCAAGAAUGCAGCCAGAUCUCCACCAAUUCACAGUCUCAUAUGUAGCCGUCUCUGACAAAGGAAUAAAGAAAUGCUUAUUACAACA